AUGUUCUUCACCAAAAAGAAGCUGCCGUUUCUCUUUGACCGGGCCGCCAUGGAAAAGGCCGCCGUUAUCCGCGGCGGCAAGACCGUCGACGGCUCCGAGAGCGGCGACUCCUUCCUCGACGAGCAGGAGAUUCUCAACGUGCGUGCCCGGAAGUCGUCGUCGCAGAGGCGGUGGUGGAUGAGCUUCCUGGCCGCCCACCUCAUCCUCCUCGCUGUCUACCUCGGCACCACCCUCCGCAUGCAGGCCGAGCUGGCCAAGCUGCGCAGACACGGGCUACAGAUUAUCCAGUCACCCGCGUCCGGGGCCAUAGAGUGGGCGGAACACACCUUUGUUGAGAAUAGCUUCUCCGACGGCCCGUUCUCGGGCUUUCCGCGAGAGGAGAUUACAAAGAACUGGCACGACUUGAUCAACUACGAAAACAUCAUUAUCGAGCCCGAAAUCAUUGCCCGCCUGGGUCGUGAGGACAUUGCCGUCGCCGACCCCGAAGGACGUGGCUAUCUCGGAACGCUCAACGUGUACCACCAGCUUCACUGCCUUAAGCGGCUCUGGCAGUACACAUACCCCGAAACCUACCGACAGAACCAGACGGCGGCCCAGGCCGAGGCAGAUCGCCUACACAAAGAACACUGCUUCGACUUCCUCCGACAGUCCGUCAUGUGCCUCGCCGACAUUGGCAUCAUCACGUACCAGUGGAGCGACGACCGCAUGGUGCCUAUUGCCAACUCGACCACACACCAGUGCGCCAACUGGGAGAAGCUCGACGCUUGGACGCGGAAGCGGAGUGUCGACAUGAUGAAGCCAGGCUGGCUCAUCCACCCAACAAAAGGAUAUGCGUACAAGGAUCAAGACCACCAUCAUUAG